UUUGGUCCAGUAGUUGCAUGUUACUAUGCGCUUGCAAAAUCUGUCACAGCUCUACUUCUGCACCUUGCCAACAGGAGGAACACUCACGCGAAGCCUGUGUGUCGAUAAUUUGUCGCAUUGGAUUGGUUAGACGGCGGUAAUUUAAGGGCUCAACUCAGCUAACCACUGCCCUGCUAUUACUGUAAUACAAAGCUAUAGGAGAAAAAUAGUUUGCUGCCUAUAAAGUCAUUUUUUUUUUACUUUCCAGCUUGUUUUUGCGAAGCAGUUUUUUUCUUUACAACGCCAGCUGUUUGAUUACAGAUCAGAGAAAAAAGCAGGAUGUUAUUUAACAUUAGAUGGCCAAAUGGCAGAUCUGAUGCCAAGCUUUUGCGCGGGUACAGAGAUGAUGAUGAGAGUCAGUUUCACUUUCAGGAUGGGAAUACUCCACACGCAGCUGGAACAUGACUGCAAAAAAACCCUGUAUCCUUUUGCGAUGCUACAGCAUUUUCCCUGUGUUAAUGUAUUCCCUCAGUGUGGGACACCAUGGAGCAGCUGGAAGAGGAACUAACGUGCCCAAUCUGCUGCGGUCUAUUCGACGACCCGCGCGUCUUGCUGUGCUCGCACAGCUUCUGCAAGAAAUGCUUGGAGGGACUCUUGGAGGGGUGCCGAGGUCCAUCUUUCAGGACACCUCUCAAAUGCCCCACAUGCCGCAAAGAGUCGCCUCACAACGGCGCGCACAACCUGCAGAUCAACUACUCCCUGCGCGGCAUCGUGGAGAAAUACAGCAAAAUAAGAGUCAUGCCCAAGAUGUCUGUUUGUAAACAACACCGCGACCAGCCUCUCAACAUAUUCUGCGCCACGGACUUGAAUCUAAUUUGUGGCUUUUGCGCAACAACAGAUGAGCACAGGGGGCAUGAAUUCUGCUCCCUGGAGGAGGCGUAUGAGAGAGAGAAGGCGGCGUUUGAAGAGCUGCUGCGCGGCGUGGAGAGCUGGCAGAGCGCGGACAUCCUACUCUGCCUGGAGACACUGCAAGACAGGAAGAAAAAGGAGCUCCAGUCUGUCACCAAGGAUGCAGAGAAAGUCACGGACUAUUUCGACAAACUAAUCGGCAGUAUUGAAGGCAAAAAGAGCGAGAUCUUGUCUGAUUUUGAGACGCUGAAGCUGGUGGUGAUGCAAAAGUACGACCCGGAGAUCACCAAGCUGAGCGCGGCGGUGGUGGAGCACGGACGGGCGCUCAGCAUCGCGGAGUCCUUCAGGGGCAAAGAUGAGCCGCUGAGCUUUCUGCAGCAGAUGCAGGAGUUCAGGGAGAAGCUGAAGGUCCUUAAGGAGACACAACUGCCCACUCGGAAAGACACCAAACUCGGUCCACUCGUGCGUAAUUUUGAUGUCAAAAAGUGGGACUCGCUGAGGCUCAGAGAAGUGGACAAGAUCUCGGUUCCUCACGAGAACGGCGGCUCCUACAGAACCGGUGGCAGCUCACCAAGAUGGAUCAAAUUAGUUAUCAGUUUGUUACUGUCAACACCACUGCUGCUGCUCCUGAUGCAGCCACACAUCAACAACAACAACCUCGCAGCCUACGUGCCCUCGCAGAUUGAACCGUUUCUCUCUGCUGUCUCCUCGCACCUCACACACACCGGUGUGUACCUGACUGAUAUGUGCACGAGUUUAAUGGGUGCAGGUCAGGGAUGCGUCGUGGACUUCAUCGACUCUGCUGUCAGAUUUAUUGACAGUUUUAAUUAACCAACCUAUAGUGAAGCAUCUCUGCAAUGCACUCACAGCUAUACAGAGGUUGCAUUGUAGUGGCAGGUCAGAUAUGUGCACCUGAAUACAUGAAAACGCUUUUUCUUUUCUACCUAUAAGCUCCAACCUCAAUGAAGCCAUAGAAUCAAAUACAAUCCUUAAUCUACAGAGGUUGUAUAGCCUACAUCUAUGUGCAAUUUACUUUCUUUUCUUUUUUUUUUGUAAAUACAUGACAAUUUCUAUACUUAAUCGACUCUACUGUCAAUUUUAUUGGCAGGUAUAAAUUAUUUUAAUUAACCAAACCUAUAGUGUGGCAUCUCUGCAAUGGACUCACUGCAAGCCACAGAGGUGCAUUAUAGUGACAGGUCAGAUAUGCACCUGAAUACAUGAAAACAGUAAUGGUUUCUUUUUUUUUUUUUACCUAUAAGCUCCAACCUCAAUGAAGUCAUAGAAUCAAAUACAAUCCUUAAUCUACAGAGGUUGUAUAGCCUACAUCUAUGUGCAAUUUACUUUCUUUCUUUUUAUGUUUUGUAAAUACAUGACAAUUUUUAUACUUGUCCAAGAAGAAAAUUUUAUUGGCAGGUAUAAAUUGUUUUAAUUAACCAAACCUAUAGUGUGGCAUCUCUGCAAUGCACUCACUGCAAGCUACAGAGGUGCAUUAUAGUGACAGGUCAGAUAUGCACCUGAAUACAUGAAAACACUUAAUUGUUUCUUUUUUUAGCUAUAAACUCCAACCUCAAUGAAGCCAUAGAAUCAAAUACAAUCAAUCCUUAAUCUACAGAGGUUGUAUAGCCUACAUCUAUGUGCAAUUUUUACUUUCUUUCUUCUUCUUUUUUUGUAAAUACAUGACAAUUUUUAUACUUGUCCAAGAAGAUCAUGAGAAAUAAAACAGAAAUUAAGUCACA